GAUUGCAUAGCGUAUGCGUAGGCUAAAAUCACAAUAAUCUGUAUUACGCGGCAUUUCGAUAAGCACAAAAAUUCACGAACAAACUAGACGAGUCAGCAGGCCAGCUACCACCUUCCAAUCGCUUUAAUCCAUCGCCUCCGACGCACUCCCGAUUUUAUCUCUCUCUCUCUCUCUCUCUGUUGUGCUGCGAUGUGGGACGAUUGCCAUCGUGGGUUGCCGGACUCCCACCAGCCACAAUCCGAUCAAGAAUCCUUUAUUAACUUUGAUUUCUUCUCUGCAGCGACUAAUUUUAAGGAUUAUUACAAGACGUUGGAGGUGGAUUACGAUGCAACUGAUCAUGAUAUUCGAGCCAAUUACAUACGGCUGGCUCUGAAAUGGCAUCCUGAUAAGCAGAAAGAUCAAGAUAUUGCCACCUCCAGAUUUCAGGAAAUAAACGAGGCUUUUCAAGUUUUGAGUGAUCCCAUCAAGAGGAGAGAAUACGACAACAAAGGCAUGUUGUACAAAUAUGAUUACACCGUAGUUGAAUAUCUCAACCGUUUCAAGGGCCUUAUAUUGACUUGCAAUGGCCUCGGAAUUAAACAUUCAAUUUGGUAGAAACAGAAACAUCACUCUUGGGAACAAUUGCCAUAUUAUCUAGCAAUCUGCCGACAUGACAAUUCAAGUACAUGAAGGCUUGUUUGAGCCAAGCCAAUGCUUUCGACUUUCUACUGCCCCAUAUUUUCAUUUGUUCUGAUAUUUGUAUAAAUUCCAAAACAAAAAGAAAACCCUUCAUAUUUGUAUCAAUUAUCUUCCCUGACUACACUUCCUAAAUUCUUAAUCUGUGGGACAGAAAAGGAAUACUAUUUAUUUGCUUCACUAAUAUGCAUGGAUGUUGGCUUUGUA